AAACGCUGUAAUUGGACGCUUUGCGUGAAAGAGGGCCCAUACAGGUACACGAUCCCGAUGUGCUCAUCUUUUUUUUCUCGUCAAAGGGGCGGUAAAAACGGGAUCAUCGUCCACCAGCAUGAGCCGCCUAAAAAACGGAACAUCCUUCACAAACCUAAUGAUUUAAGCUUUGCCUGGGUUAAAUCCCAAACAUAUCGCACGGUAGAGCAUCAAUUUAUACAUGGACCCAGGGGUUUUCGUCUUCCACGAAAUUCGGCGUCAUUUAAUACCUCCUACUAGUUGAUUUAUUGUGUGUAUUUGUCGCAUUUUCUCAGCAGCUUCCAAUACACAUGCGCAGAAAAAAUAAAUAAAUCAUAAUAUAAAAUGAUCCACAAGGCGUCGCCAUUGCUCCAGGUAGAGCAAUGUUGCUCUGGAACUGUAAGAACAAAAUGUCACCAUGGAGGUCUAGCCAGUAACCCUGGAACUCGUCACGAUGACGUCAUCACAAAGCUUAUUAGCCAUAUGACUGUGAUGUAGAGCCAUAUCCCCCUUUUCUGGCCGUCAUCAUGGGUAAACAUGACUGUGGGCUAGAGUCAUUUUGCUGUGGCAAUACCAACCUCACAAAUCAUCGUAGUGAUACGACUAUGUACAAGAGCGACAACUGCCGGGAUCUCGACCAAAGAUUCGAUUAAGUGGGGACAAUAAGCUGGUCAGCGGCAAUGUGCCACUGAACCAAGCCAAAUGGAAAGGAAAAUGGAUCCCACAGAGGACACUUACUCCCUAAAGCAAAACGUGCAACUCCUACAGUAUCAGACGGAGAAGUUCAGACAGUUGUGGACGAAGGGGAGUGAGUGUUUCGAAGAGCUCAAGCAUUACUACGUCCAGCUCAAUGAGGAGUGGCAAACCCAGUGGCUGAACCGGGAGGACAGCAUAGCAUCCUACGUGAGACACCUGGAGUUGGACUACAUCAAAUUGUUAGAGGAAUACGCCAAACUGUACAACACACGGGAGGCCAAUGAGAGGAUUUUACUGAAAACCAACGCUGACUUACACAAGUGUAAUGUAGAGCUUAAGCAAUACCACAUGCAACUCAAUGAAGUGUGGCAAACCCGCUGGAUUAAACGGGAGAAAAGCGUAGCCUCCCAAGUGAGCUAUCUGGAGGCAGAUAAUAGAAUACUGGUGAUGGAAAAAGCAGAGGUGUCCCACCGGAUGAAGGCCAACGAGAAAAUGUUCUUGAAAACCAAGGCCGAACUGUACAAAACUAGCUUAGAGCUGGAGAAAUUAAAAGCUUCCAAAGACUCUCUGUCACUGGAAAUGUCUGAAAAGGAGGUGAACUGGAGAGGAGAGAAAGACAAACUGCUCAAAGAACGACAGGAAUUUCUAGAAAACGUCAAGCAAUUUGAGCACUUGAUCCUGCGUGUGGAGAUUGCUGUCAGAACAAUGGAGGAAUGGACAAAGCUGAAAAAGGGGGACAAAAGAGCAGACAAUGAGGACCAAGACUGUAUCAUGCAGCAGGAGGAAGUAAGGGAAGGAGGCGAUGACAAGCGAGAAGAGACAGACAACAGCAAUAGCGCGGCCAGUUAUGAAGGGGACAAGCAAGAGGUCAAUGAGGAGGACGUAGAGGAGAAAGAGGAAGGGUACAGGGCGGUAACCAUGGCCAUGGACGGAGUGGAACAGAGUGGUGAGGAGGAAGAAGUGAGUGGCAUGGACGAAGAGAGUAACGAGGAUGAUGAGAGUGACGAGGAAGAAGAGAGCGACGAGGAAGCGAAGGGUUAUGAGGAGGAAGAGAAUGAGGGAGAGCAGGAGUGCGAAGGCGAUGAUGGAGAGUGGGAAGACUGUGACGACGACGAGUGGGAAGACUGUGAUGAUGAGGAAGAGGAGUACCAGGAGGAGGAAGAGGAGGAACAAGAGGAGGAGGGCGAAGAUGGUGACCAGGAGGAAGGGGACGAGGGUGACCAAGAAGAAGAUGGGGGAGAAGAGGAUGACCAAGAGGAUGGGGAAGAGGACAAGGCAGAGGAAGGGGAAGAUGGUGACCAAGAAGAAGAAGACAAGGUUGACCAAGAAAAUGGAGAACAGGAAGAGGAUGACUCAGAGGGGAAAGUGGAAAAUACUGACCAAGAACAAAGGCAAGCAAAAGACAAUGUUGACAAACCAGGUGGAGAGGAUCCCAAAGAGGAGGGUGGGGAAGAGAGUGCCAAGGAGGAGGUGAAAGAAAAUUAUAGCCAGGGUGAGGAGUGUAACAAGGAGGGUGAAGAUGGUGCCAAGGUGGAAGAAGAGCAAGAUGGGAAAGAGUGUGACAAGACGGAGGAAGGGCCGAGUGAAGAGAGUCCAAAGGAAGAUGGGAAAGAGAGUGACACUCAGGAGGAGGGAGAGGAUGAGAUAGAAGAAGGGGAGAAAGAGGAAGAAAAUGAGCCAGGGGAGGGAAGUGUCACUGAGGAAAAUGAGAGUGGGGAAGAUGGGAAAGAGAGUGAGGAGGGUGAGAAAGAGAGUGCAAAGGAAGAGGGGGAGAGUGUCACCGGGGAGACAACAGAGGGGGAGGAUGAGCUCGUGAAGGCAGAUGGGGGGAGUGUCACCGAGAUGAAAGAGGGUGACGAGAAUACAGACGGGGGGAGUGUCACCGAGAUGAAAGAGGGUGACGAGAAUACAGACGGGGAGGAGAGUGUCACAAGAGAUGCCAAAGAGAUGGGCGAGGAAGAGAGUGUCGAGGUAAACGAGGAGGCUGCCACAGAGGGGAAAGAGAGUGAUGCGAUGCAGGGACGGGAGGAAGAGAGUGUUCCUAGUGAUGCCAAAGAGGGUGAGGAAGGUGACAAAGAGAGUGCGAAGGAAGCGGAGGGAGAGAGUGUAGGAGAGCAUGAAAAGGCGGAGGACGGCAGUCCCAAGGAGGAAGAGGGGAGGGACAGUGCCAAAGAUGAGGAGAGCGAGAGUGCUGUUGAGGAAGAAGAGAGUGUUCAAGUGGAAGAGAGUGACCAAAAGGACGAGACAAAGGAAGAGCGCGCUCAAGAAGAUGGCGAAAGUGUCAUUGAGGGGGAAGAUGACAUGGCGAAAGAAGGGGACGUGAGUGUCCAAAGGGAGGAGUCGGAGGAACAGAUUGCCAAAGAAGAUGGGAGUCAGAGUGUCAUUGAGGGGAAACAGACCGACAAGAUGGAGGAGAGUGACAAAAAGGAAGAGGCGAAGGAAGAAAGUGCCAAGACGGAAGCGGGUCUUGAUAGCGAGGGCAAAGGGGGCGACACAACGGAGGAAAGGGAGACAGAGAGUGCCAAAGGAGUCGAGGAACAGAGUGUUACUGAGACCUUAAAGAGUGAUACAUUGGAGGAAGUCGAGCAGGGCAAUUCAAUGAUGGAGGAGGCGAGAGACGGUUCAAAGGAAGAGAGAAGUGAUAGCAGUGAGAAAAUGAGUGCCAAGGUGGAAGAGGACAGAAAGCAGGAAGAGGGAGUCGCAAAAGAGAUGGAGAAAGAGGGCGAGAGAAGAGAAAGCUACUUUGAAAGAAUGAUCAGCCGCCUCACCAAGAAAGACAAGGAGGAGAGGCGAGAGCGGGUGAGACAAGAGGAGGAGCGAAUAGAACAGGAGAAGAGAGAGCGGGGAAAGAGGGAAGAGGAGAAGAGGAGGAAAAAAGAAAGCAGGAAGGAAGAGGAGUCCAGGGAGAGGGAGGAGAGGAAAUCAAGGGAAAGCAAAUAGGAGAGGAAUGACAAGCAAAGGAGGUCGGGUAGCACAAAGUGGAAGAUAAGGAAGCGUGCUAAAGAAGGGGCAUCUCAGAGGACCACUAAGUGUUACUGUCAAUGCCCGCCAACAGAUAGAAAGAAUUUUUCUCAAAUUUACACCCCUUUGAGAUACAGACACUGCAGUCCCACGCCCAGAUUUCUCGCUCUGAAAGUUGGAGGCUUCUUUUGGUGAUCUGUAAUCACUUUCCAAUCUGCCUGGAGGAGAAAAAGAAAUCUAAUUUGACAAUGAGGUAAUGAACCCGUGAAGCCAUUAUCUUAGAUAAGCCAUUUCAAAGACCGGUUGAACACUGAUGGAAAUUCUAUUAAACAUAGCUGGCUGAUUUCUCUAUUUGGUGUGGUGGCAGAAGGAGCCCUUUCAACUAUUGGCAAUUUACUUUCAAGGUUCAAAGUUGCCAAUGAUCAUUAUUCCAAGGAGUGUCAAACCUUUGAGCAUUACCUAAUGGUAGAAAGGGAACAGUCCUAGACUUUUGGCUAAUAAAGCCUGAUGCACAGAAGAAUACCUCUUUCCAGAGUCUAUGUACUUGGUCCUCUGGGCAAUUGACUCAAAUUACAUAAUCCACCACAUUAACAGGGCCCCAAGAACCAGAUCUUGGUAUCCUCAUUACACUCAACCUCGUCUCCCAUCCAAUCAUUCUCAACUGCUUGUCAUGCUUACUACGCUUUCCUGGUUCCACUUGUACCUGUCUUAACAGAGGACAGUUUGUCACCAUCCAAAGCUCCAGAUUCACUCCACCUCCGGUCAAGCAAGGCGUACCACAAGGCUUUGUACUUGGACCCCUCUUCCUCACAAUCUACAAGAUACCACUUGGCUAGAUUAUCCGCCAACAUGGGCUAACUCUUCACUCGUAUACCGAGCUCUGUGUCCGCACAUCAAGUCCUUAAAACCUCAAAAAACACUUCCAGACCGCGCUCGUCACUCGCUGACUUCGUUGCAAAGACCUUGGAGAGGCUCAAGUAUUUCCAGACUUGUCACCCUGCUCAAAGCCCUGGCAGCACAUCACCACCAACCUCAUGCACCUUCACUGGUUCCUAAUGAAGUUCCUCAUAGUUUCCGCUCACCUCCCAUCAUAUCUAACAAACCUGCAUCCCAACGCCCUUGCAGUCAUCUGAUGCCCAACAGCCACCACCCAAAUCUGGAACUUCCUUCUGAAAACCAAAAUGCUGCUUUCCUUGACAUUGAAAUAUAAACUUGUUAGUCAACCAUCUGUUCACUGCAGCAUACAUGCAAUAUGAAGAAUACCAUUGGCAUCUACAACAUUUUUAACAACUCCUCAGACCCCAGGCAGUGCUGGAUAGUCUCGUGUCAUCUGUCAACCUAUGCACAAACUCAAUUCAGAGCCAAACAACAUCAGACAUUAUCAAACCUGGUUAGUGAGGUAGAAGAGGAUGUUCUUACCCACCCUGAAUUUGUUUAUUGUAGCUUCAGAUUCAAAUGCUAUCAACCUGUUUCUGCCCAUAACCAAACUGUCCAGUCUGGGGAUUCCCAACUACUGUAAUGGAACCCAUUAUGUAAGAACUAAAUCUCCUCAGAACGACUUGAAGCACAGGCACAUCAGCGAUCAGUGCUCAGCCCCCAUCCUCUACUCACUCUUCACCAAUGUCACGUUUGGUCUUAAAGUUCGCAAGAUGACACAACAUUGGUGCGUUAUAGACAAAAAAUGAGUUGAGAGGUGCAAAACCUUACUGUCGGUGUCAGGUUUCUGGGCGAUGAACACCCAGAAACCCUUGGAUUGUGACUCUGCUGUAGUGAGGAAGACUCUUCGUUGUGCUAUGCCAUCUCCAUUGAAACACCAUGUCCAAAUAUCCACGAAGACCCCGCCAACCCAAACAAGGGACUAUUCACACAUUGCCCUCAA